AUGGACAGCAGUGCUUUACUUAUGGCUCUGAAACGUGGGGACAACGCCUGUGUAAAAAAUUUGCUGGUUUCUGUGGAUUCCUCAGUUUGGCCGGUCGAAAUUCUUAUUCCGUUCGUAUUAAGGGAAGUGUUACAGUCUCCAAAGGAGUGUGCAGAUCUUAGCUACAUUGAGAAGUGUUUCAAGAACGCGGCGUCAACGAGGACGAAGUCGUUGAAACGGAUGUUCACUGGUCUGCAACGACUACAAGAUCCACAAAAAAGAGAAAAAAGCUUGGGUGCCAUGCUAAAGUACAAAGCCAGUGGUGAAAUAGAUAAGUUGGGCGACUACGUGAUGCGAAAUUAUCAAUUGGUCGUGCGUCAAUAUGGCGGUCGUCGUUAUGGAAGACAGUUCAGAUAUCUUGUCCUAGUUUGUCACCGUCGUUCGCGUCUCCUUGAUUUCCAAAAAAGAUUCCAUCCUCUGUACUCUUGUGUUCUUGGAAGGCUUUGCAGACGAAGUCUUUCUUUUGUUGAGAGCUUGAUUUCAGUUAUGAUUACGUGA